AUGUGCUCGGAAUCGUUCUGGCGCGGCAGCGUCGAAAUCCACUACCCGUUCUAUCUUGCCAACGCAACCGAAGCAACCGCCGAUCACAGCGGGAACUACUCUUGCGGCUACACCGACUUGAGCAUUUCCUGCAAACUCGAGGGGCAGACCUGGAUCUCCGUCGAGAACAUAUCCUACCACUACGACCAUCAGACCAUCCUACUGGUGGACAGCGAUGUGCUCGGAGGCGCAGGCGGCGACUGCCCUGCUGUCCGCCAUGAAGUCAGCUUCGACGAGACAUGGCUGCAUAGCAGCAGCUACAACGACAACCUCACCUUCCUCUUCGGCUGCGACCCACGCGGUCCCGUGCCGCCUGAAUUCGACGCAUACAAGAUCAACUGCACGCAGUUCAAGAGUCCGCCAGGUGCUGCCCCAGGAGACUCCUUCGUAGUCAUUAUGACUGAUGAGCAUGACAGGUAUCUGGAGCAAGAAUUGGCUACGAAGUGCGGCAACACCAUGGUUGUCACCGUGCCAAGUUAUAACAAGAGCAACUUCACAAACGGCGGAUACGGGGGCGUGCUUAAGCUUGGGUUCGAGUUGGAAUGGAGCCGUAUCACAGAGGAUGGGUGUCACCUGUGCGAGGCGUCGAACGGGCAAUGCGCCUAUAGCCAGCACAGGGAAUUCCUGGGCUGCUUGUGCCACGGAGGGAAGGCGGGCAACCCGUACUGCAAACACAUCGCAUCAAGUAAAUGA